AUGACAUCCGUAUUAUCAUCAUUCUUCUCACGCGAUCCAAAAAGUGUAUUUCCAUAUGAGCUACCGGCUAGCAGUUUCCACACUUUUGAUGGCAUAUUCGUCGGGGAAAGCUUUAAAAAAACUGAACCUUCCGAACGUGCUACUUGUUUCUGGGCAACAUUAUCCGACUGUGGUCCAGGAUCAGUGCUGAAAGCUCAAGCACGUAAACUGAAAACUCUUCGCCAUCCAAAUGUUCUCGCUUAUUUGGAUAGCACUGAGAUGAAUGGUACCUUUUAUUUGAUAACCGAAGCUUGCGUUCCUCUAAAAAUUUAUAUUACGAAAACUAAACUAACUGAUAAGCAAAGGGAUUUUGUUGUUUCCUGGGGUCUAUUUCAGUUAAUGAGCUGUUUAAAAUUCUUACAUCAAGAAGCUGAAUUAAGCCACGAAAAUAUCCGACGUUCUGUUUACGUCACAGAAAGUGGCGAUUGGAAACUUGGCGGUUUCGAGAACUCAGCCAGUUUCAGUAAUCCAUGUUCCGACCUUAAUUCAUUCGCAUUACUUACAUGGGAAAUUUUCAACGGUUUCAAUGAAUCAGUAACGAAAGCAGAAGCACCGAAAAAAAUUCCUCAACAACUACAUGAGCAUUAUAAAAAGAUGGCUACUAAUCGAGCAGCAAAACUAGAUACUGGGGAAUUCGUUUCAGAGUUGCGUCAAGCAGGUGGCUUUUUCAAGAAUCGAUAUGUGGAUACUCUGUUGUUUUUGGAUGAAUUUCAAUUAAAAGAUGCUCAUGAAAAGCAAGUAUUCUUCACAGAAUUAAAAAACGAAUUGGAUUUGUUUCCUGAUAACAUUGCCAAAUAUAGAAUUCUUCCAAAAUUAAUACACAGUUACGAAUAUGGUGAUGCGGGAUCACAUGUUUUGAUACCACUGUUUCGUUUGGGACGUUUGUUGGAUGAAGACGAAUAUCAACUCCGUAUUGUGCCUUGCCUUUGUAAAUUAUUUAGUUCACCGGAUCGUGUAACACGUGUAAAAUUAUUAGAGCGAAUCGACGAAUUUGCACCUCAUUUAACGCCUCAAAUUGUUAACGAACGGAUAUAUGGAAAUGUUGCAUCUGGUUUUACUGAUACAAGUCCAGCUGUUCGUGAAAGUACGGUGAAAGCAAUGGUUUCGUUGGCUGAUAAAUUAAAUAAUCAAAAUUUAAAUACUGAUCUGAUGCGGCAUUUAGCAAGAUUACAGGGAGUAGACGAUGAACCUGGCAUUCGAACAAAUGCAACUAUUUGUCUCGGUAAAAUUAGCUGUUAUAUUGACCCUACUCAUCGUCAGCAGAUUCUAAUCAGUGCUUUCACUCGUGCACUCAAAGAUCCAUUUCCUCCGGCUAGAGUGGCGGCUAUCCUGGCACUUAGUGCUACUCAACAAUACUACUCAUUAAUCUCAGUUGCAAAUCGUAUAGUACCAGCCUUAUCACCGGUGACAUGUGAUCGAGAAAAGCAGGUUAGAGAUCAAAGUUUUAAGGCACUACAUGGAUUCAUCGAAAAAUUAGAAAAAGCUAGUGAAAAUCCAAAACUGAUACCGGAACUUGAAGCACAAGUAAAAGCUGGUGGAAAAAGUGGCUUGCUUAGCAGUGACAAGAUACCGCAAUGGGCAAGCUGGGCGUUAAAGUCACUUUCAGACAAAUUCUACAAGUACUCUCCCUCAGUAAAAAAUCAAGUUGAGCCAACACAUAAACAGGAGACAUCCAUUUGUGAACCAGCAUCUACUACAAGGGCAUCUGAAUUAACAGUUUGUAGUAUGCCAUCAAUGAAGCUUGCAAGUGAUGGUUGGAGUGAAACGGACGAUAGGUUUUGUGUAGAAACUGAGGAAGAAUGGGAAGAUGCUAAUGAUGCAUUAACGACAAGUACCACAAGCACGAACGAAGGAUGGGAUAAUGAACAGAAAGAAGUAUUUAGUUUAGCAGUUUUAAAUCAAGUUCAUGGACAAGUUUUACGAGUAGCUAUUGUCCACAUUGUAACAACUGCUAAAGGUAAAACAUCAACUGCCGCUUCCGCGAAAUCAUCAAGAAGAGGUGGAUUGAAAUUACAGCAUGCAGUUACGAAACCUACUGCUGAAGAUGAUUUGGAUUAUUUGUUGGGCAUUAAACUCAAGCCAAGUGCAACUGAUCGAUUAAGUGAUAAUGAAAUUACGAAUAGGAUGUUUGCUGCAAAGAGUAGCAGUAAUACAUUGACAGAUGAUUGGGGUGAUAGUUCGACUGUAAGCGGCUGGGGUGAUUUCGAUUUCAGUUCAGGUUCAUUGUUAAUUUCUUAA